UCAUGUGAUAAUGACAUUCCGAAUGAGUUUCGGUUUAAGUCAAAAGACGUGACGUUGAAUGAAAUCGAAAACAUGGGAAGUCGUUAAUUAAAGAUAAGAAGAUGUACUUGAAUAAAUUUUGAAAGAGCAGAACAGCAGGACGUCUCUUCCUUGAAAGUUCUAAGACAGUAUUUCUGGUAGUUGGAAGAAAUAUUGUACCUACAAUCUAAACAUAUACAAGGCCAUAAUGACUGAAAAAAUAGUUAUCACAGGAUCAAGCGGUUGCUUGGGACAGCAUAUUGUAAAAUUGUUGCAAGAAAAGGAUGAUAAUUGUGGGGAAAUAAUAUUAUUUGAUAAAAAACCAUAUUCAAAUAAUUUAGGCCAUUCAGAAACAAAACCCAUGAAGCACUACAUAGCUGAUGUUAGAGACAUGCAAUCACUUGUCCAAGCUUUUGAGGGAGCAGACUGUGUCAUACACGCUGCCUGCGUUAUUGAUCUUGAUCUCAAUCCUGACGUUAAAGAAAUGAUGUCCACAAAUGUAGAGGGUACAGCAAAGGUCAUUGAUGCCUGCAUUAAAGCAAAUGUACCACGCCUGGUGUUUGCCAGCACGACAGACAUGGUUUGUGGUAGUGAGCACAUAUUUUAUGGAACCGAGAGUACAACUCCCAUUCCUAAUACUUGGAUGAUAGGAAAAUAUGGGGAAACUAAAUGCUUAAGUGAAAAACUUGUGGUUGAAGCUAGUGGAAAGACAUUAUCAAAUGGUAAGGACAAAUUACGUACUGCAGCCAUACGUCCUACACCUUUCUAUGGUGAAGAAGACAAGCACUUUUUUUAUAGAAUGUUGAAAAUGACGAAAAAUUACCAUGGUUACUAUCAGCGAAUCAGAUCGUUGGAUGAGAGAUUACAAAUCUGUUAUGUUGGCAAUGCAGCAUGGGCGCACAUUAAUGCCAAGAACCGAUUAGUUGUUGAUGAAACAAUCUCUGGUGAAGCAUUCUACAUAACUGAUGACACACCUAUAAUUGAUAUACAUGAACAUGCAGCUGAAUAUUUAAACGCUCGAGGGUUCACCGUAAGCACCUUUAUUUUCCCCUAUUGGUUGGCUUGGCUACUUCUUUCCCUACUUAUUUUGUUGAUCAGCGUUAUUAAUGUUUUUGUGAAAUUUAAUCCUAACAUACCUCCAGUCUCACAAUUGAAUUAUAUGUGCUCUACUUUUUUCUACAAUCGCAGUAAAGCCACUCUACGCCUGGAUUACCAGCCAAUAUUUACACCAGAAGAGGCUAAAGAGAAAUCCAUGGAAUACUAUGUUAAGGUGCCAUUGUAAAUUUAACUUUAUAAAAAUUAAUAUGCAUACUAUUUUAUGUAUUUGCCUUUGAACACAAUCAAAUCUACUGUUUUUGGGUUUUUGUGUAUUAUAUUCUUUUCGAAUUUGUGAACAUUCCAGUUUCUAGUAUUUUGUUUCAUUUACACUUAGAAUUAUGAAUAUUGUGUUAAAUCUCACAUUUGGGUAGCAUCUUGAAUUUUUUUGAGAGAGAUUAUUUUAGUUUUAAUCAAGUGCAUUAUGUAAGGCACACAAAAAUUAUGUUUACUUUUUUUCUUCCUAAAUUACUAUUUAUGUAAUUAUGCACAUUGUAGUAUAUAAUUAAUGAAGUGGGGAAGAUGCUGAUGUGUAGCUGCCUACUCUACAAGAAUUAAACUAUUUCUGCUGAUCUGAUUUCAUAAAGAAUUUUCUAGGAUUUAUGUAUUUUAGAGAAUACCAUUAACUGUGAAAUUUGUUAAAAAAUACUUGUCAAGUAAAGAAACAUUUUUUUUAUUAUCUUGUUUAUUGCUUGUUUGUAUAUUUAAAUAUAAAUUACUACUAAUGAUGGAGUUAGCUUCAUUUGCAAUGAUGAGUUUGAACUUUUCUUUUUUAAAUAUUCUUAAAUUUCCAGUUCUUUUUGUUUUUCAAAAUUCUGCACUUUUAUUUUAAAGUUUUUGUUAUAACCAUUUAAAAUAAAUUCCACAAUAUCUAUCAUUAUUUAAGAUAAUUAUAUUGAAUCUAGUACAGAUGAUGCUCUGGAAUCUUUAAAUUUAUAGGCUUAUAAUGUGUUUUAAUUGUACAGUGCAGAACCUCUUAUCCGGAAAUCAGAAAACCAAAUAACCGGAAUGAAAUUCGGAACCGGAAAUUAAUUUUCUUCCAUUAAAAAAAAUUUUUUUUUCCUGCAAGAUUUUGAGCCCAUUUUGUUAUUUAGAGCGUACGGCGUAUCCAGUUGACGAAAGAACUGAUUUAGAGGACGGAUCUCACAUAAGCACAAAUAGCCUAUAUAUGUUAAUGUUAAUAAUAACAUUAAUAACAAUUAACAUAACAUUAUAUAAGCCUGUAUAUAAUUUUUAUUUCAUAAUUUCUUUCCUUAUUUAAACUUAAGUGUAUUAUUAUUUAUCAUUUUUUAUUAUUUCUAAAACUAUUUCAAAAUAAUUUUUUAGUUUCGUUUUAUAAACAUUAAAAAAACGGCAUUUUGUAGCGAUUCAGAAAACCGGAAAAAUCAGUUAUCCGGAAUCGCGAUGGUCCCGAUCAUUCCGGAUAGUCGGUUCUCUACUGUAUUAUAUUUUUUGAAAUAUUCUUGAAUAAAUAAACUUUUUGUAAUCUAAUUUUUUUAAACGCUAUUUUAAAUAUUGUUACUAAAAAAAUUAUGUAUAAAGAAAAUAUGAUGACAGAAAAUGCAAAACUAAUUGUAUGUAAUAUAUUAAAAAUAAUUUUUGAAAGGCAUAAUUUUAUACAGAGAAAUUCUUUAUUGUGAAUCAAUAUUUCCCUACCAAUGAAUGUCCUACUUUGUUAUUGGUGUUUAAGUUGACUUAUGCACGGGGAUUUAAGAUUUUUGUAAUUAUGUAGUAUAAAAAAGUUUUUGUGCUGUUUUAUAAAAAAUUCCCAAAAUUCGCCUUAUCUAAAAUAGUUAAAGUAUUACAUGCACAAUAGUUAACAUAAAAUUUACAUUAUUUCGUAAAUUUACUGAAUUGUUUCCUUUUAUAUUGGCAGCUACUCUGAUGCAAUCUACUGAAUACCCAUUUUGAUUUUAUUUACUGUGAAAAUUAGAGCUUCUUGAUAUAAGAGCUGAAUAUAUAAGAGCUUUUUAAAUGUUUCCUAUUAAAAAUGACCAAAAAAUUAUAUUACUGAUGAAAAUAUUUAGUCUUAUUUUUUUAGCUAUUUCCUAUUAAGAUUAUUUAAAACUUCUUACUUAAGAAAUAAAAUGCAAUAUCUUGUAAUUUAAGAAAUACCUUUUCAUUAUUUUUUAUAACUGAAUUGCUAGAAAGCAAGUACUAUACAAAAUACUACCUAAUUAAUAUCAAAGUGUUAUUUUUGUUCCAAAUUACUUGAAUAUAAAAUACAUGACCGCAAACUGAAAAUCUUCGUAAGGAAGUAAAGUUGGUGGUGCCAUUGUAAAUAAUUGAUGUGAACAAUACCUCCAACCUUUAAUGUUGCUAUGCUAAUGAAAAAACUACAAUAGUGUAACUUAAAAUAUAAAAAGGAAACUAAUUUCUUUUUAUUGAAUUAAAAGAAACAGCAAAAAAAUUAUGUUAAUAGAUGUUAUUAGUUUCUGUGUUCAACUGAAAUCUACUUAAAAUUACUUGUUUUUCGAUCAAUAGAUUUUACAUGUUUCUUUUUCAAUGAUUUUCUUAUUUUAGAAUUUACGCAUAUUGUUUCAUUUAAAAUGUAUCAAACUUAAUUUAAGAUAAUCUUUAUUGUGGGACAAAGAAUAUUUUCACAUUUUAUCCAGCCACUGAAAUUUUAAAUUAAUAAUGUAGACUGUUUCAUUUUAUUUUCUUAUGUAAAUACUGAUACAAUGUAGUGACAAAGCUAAAUAGCUUUUUAUUUAUUUUAUUAUUUUUUUAAUACUUUAAAAACUGAAAAUAAAUUAGUAAUUAUUUAGACUUUUUAUUUACGUAUGUUAAUUAAUUUGAAAUAUACAAAACUUAGGUUAGGAUAAACUUCAUAGUAGGAGAAAGAAUAUUUUCAAAGCUUAACCACUUAGCUCACUGAAUUUUUGAAUAAAUAAUUAGAAUACAUGACUGUUUUAUGUUAUUUUGUUAUACACUAAUUACAUUAUGUUUUGACUGUUACAAGAUGGCUUUGUAUUAUUUUUUCUUUGCAUAGUUAUCCUGUAUUAAACUUUGUAAUUCUCCAAUUUUUAAAACUGUUACUAUUCAUUUAUAAAACUAUUUCUAUAUAUAUUUAAAACUGUUACUAUAUAUGUGUAUAAAACUAAUACUAAAUAUAUAUAUACAUACACACAGGGUGUGUCUGAAUAAGACUGCAAAACUUUACCGCCUGAUAGAACGCAUCUAUAGGAGCAAUCGUCAUAGAAUGUAUGAUUGAAACACAAGUAGUGAGAAGUUAAAAUUUUAAACUAUCACAUUUAAAGAAUUAACACAAGAAUGGGAAAAGAUGUUAUCACCUAGUAAAGUUUUGUCAGACUCACCAUGCAUAUAAAAGUUUGUAAAGAUCUUAAGAGUUUGUAAGAAUCUAUAAACAUUUUUAUUUACCCUAAUAAGAACUUAAUAUAUAUUUUAUUAUUUUUCUUUAAUAAUUCUUAUUAAGUAAUGGGAUUCACCAUAGGUUUUUUAAAACAUACAGGGUUUUGGAGUUAAUUAUUUGGCACUGUUUUCACGUGUGUAUGUGAUAAACAGUUUGGUAUUAAUUGUUUUACUUUAUAUCUUGCUAUAUUUUGAAGUGUUUCAAAACUGAAAUUAUUUAUAAUUGACACUUUUGUUCUGCACAUUUUUACUUAUUUUCAUUAACAAAUUUUAUACAACUUAUAUUUUUGUAUGGCACUUUUUGAUACGUCUAACAAUAAAUGUUAUGCAUUAAUACAGUA